AUGGCACCUCAGGCGGUAGCCCUCCUGCGCCUCGCCGAGUUCCUCUCCGUCCAGCUGGGGGCGGAAGAGAGCUGCGGGAGCCCGGCCGACCUGGGCCAGUCUGGCGAGGUCCCCCCACUGUUGACAGUGACCAGUCAGCUCUUGGCCCUUCUGGCAUGGCUUCGGAGCCCCAGGGGGAGGCAGGCCCUGCUCCAGGGGACUCAGCCAGCCCCACGGGUCCGGCCCCCCACUCCAGAUGGAUCCACAUCCCAAGAAGAAAGCCCUUCCCACCUCGGCGCAGUCCCAGGUGAGCCACUGGGAGAUGAGGCCCAGGGACAGCAGCCCCUCCAGUUGGAGGACGACCAGAGGGAGUGGCAGCGGCUGGAGCAGCUCAUCCUGGGACAGCUGGAGGAGCUGAAGCAGCAGCUGGAACAGCAGGAGGAGGAGCUGGGUCGACUGCGCCUGGGCGUGGGGGCAACAGACUCAGAGAAAAGGGUUCAGCAUCUCACCCUGGAGAACGAGGCCCUGAAGCAGAGCCUGAGCCUCAUGCGGGACCUUCUGCUGCACUGGGGUCCCGGCCCCCCAACCAGGGCUCCGCAGGAGGAGGCGGAGGCAUUGGUGGAGCUCCAGGGCCGGCUUCAGGAGGCCCAGGACACCACAGAAGCCCUCCGAGCCCAGCUGGGGGUGCAGGAGGUGCAGCUGCAGGGCCUUCAAGGGGCCCUCCAGCAGCUCCAGCAGGAGACGGAGCAGAACUGCAGGCGCGAGUUACUGCAGAUGCAUGGGCAGCUGGCAGGACUUCGGGCACGGAUGGCCAGCCUGCGUCAGGGCUGCGGCGACCUCCGAGGAUUGGUCAGCACCUUUACCCAGAGCUGCCAGGGUUCGCUGAGUGAGGCCCGGGGCCAGGUGUCCUGGGCCUUGGGGGCACUGUCAUCUGGAGGGCCUGGCACUCAGCUCCCUGAGGGGCAGCAAGGGCCCCCAGCCGGAUGCCCAGGGCGGCUGCCAGAACUCAAGGGAAAUAUCCGUGUGCUGUGUCGACUGAGGCCAGGGACAUCCUCCAGCCUCGUGAGCGUGGAGCCUGGCCCAGGGGGCACCGUCACCACCUGCUACCGGGGGCGCCAUCGUCGAUUCCGCCUAGACUGGGUCUUCCCGCCAGAUGCCAGCCAGGAGGAGGUCUUCAGAGAGCUGGAACCUGCAGUGCUGUCCUGCCUCCGAGGCUAUAGCGUCUGCAUCUUCACCUAUGGCCAGACAGGAACCGGGAAGACCUACAGCAUGGAGGGCCCUCCUGAGGACCCUGGCAUAGUUCCUAGGGCGCUGCAGUCGCUGUUCCGGGAGAUGGGGGCCGGCAGGCAGCACCGGGUGACACUCAGUAUGGUGGAGAUCUACAAUGAGGCUGUCAGGGAUCUCCUUGCCCCAGGGCCUCCCGAGCGUCUGGCCGUGAGGCAGGGCCCUGAAGGCCAGGGCGGGAUCCAGGUGGCUGGCCUCACCCACUGGGACGUGCCCAACCUGGAGACACUGCACCAGAUGCUGAAACUGGGGAGGAGCAACCGGGCCACCGCCGCCACCGCCAUGAACCAGCGCAGCUCCCGCUCGCACGCCCUGGUCACGCUGACUGAAGUGUGUUGUGCCUGGUGA